AUGGCAUACAAGAGAUCAUACAACUCGUCCAAACCAGCACACCAAGACAAUAGUGCACCAGAAACAAUCAUCCCUCUAGACACCAAAAAACGGGUCACUGUGCGUAAAUUUAACAAUGUCAAUUUAGUCGACAUUAGGGAGUUCUACACGGAUGCUAAUGGCGACGCCAAGCCGGGUAAAAAGGGGAUCUCAUUAACUGAAGACACGUAUUACAAGUUGAUUGAUGCUCAUAAUAAGAUUGAACAUGCGUUGGAUGCAUUGAAUGGUGGUGGACAACGAGAACGUGAAUUGAAGAAGGCGAAGGUUGAGCCAGCAGGGGAGACAAAAAAGAAGGAAGUGAAGAAAGAAGAGAAAAAAAAUGAGGAGAAGAAGACUGUGGAGAGGAAAGAUGUGAAGCUGGAACCCAAGGAAGCGAAGGUGGCUGCUGGUUCAACUAAUGAAGCGGAGAAUGACGCGGGCGAUGGUGCUAAAAGAGUGGAAGAUGUCAAUGACACAGAUGGAGAUUUUGUCGUGGCUGAUAACGAGGUGGAUGAAGAAGAAGAAGUAGGUGGAUAUGAAGAGGAAGUCAGUGACGCGGAUGAGUGA